AAUGCCAGUGCAAGCAACGUUAACUGUAUUAGAGUUAGCUUGAAGAUGACGGUGUAGUCGUAUCGCAGGUAAAUAUUUCAGUGGUAACUAAGCAACAAUGUCUUCAGUUCAGUAUCUGAGAGAGUUUGUCAACGAGCGACUAACUGCUGCUGCUGAAGAAAUAUUCGGAGUCUUUGAAAAAACUAUCGUCGAGUACGAGGAAGAGAUCGAUCGUCAGCGCAGACUGCUGGAUAUCGUUUGGAAACCCGAGAUAAAGCUACACAGGACAGAGCUCCCUCAGCAACAUGUCUGUAAGGAGGAGGAGGUUCUCACUGACCAGCAGCUCUGUGACCAGGAGAGGAACUCCAGUCUGGACCAGGAGGACCCAGAGCUUCUACAGAUUAAAGAGGAAGAGGAGGAACUCUGCACCAGUCAGAAGGGAGAGCAGCUUGUACUGAAGCAGGAGACUGAUACCUUUAUGUUGACUCCUACUAAUGAGGAAAGUGACCAAAGUGAAGCAGAAGCAAACAGUGACCACCAGCUCCUCUCUCACUACUCUCCUGUAGCUGAGAGCCAAGAUCAGGAAGAAAGCAAGGAUGUAGACCCAGAACCAACUAGAAAUGUAGAAACAGAGCCAAAGAAGAGACGUCACAGUGACAGUCUAUACAUCAGUCCCACAACAAAGAGUCAGUGUAACACUAAGAGAGGUGAAAAGUCUUUAAAAUGUGACACUUGUGGAAAAACGUUUAAGUAUAAGUCCCAAUUGAACGUACAUCUAAGAACCCACACAGGUGAGAAGCCGUACUCCUGCAACACCUGUGGGAAGAGAUUCAGUCAGAUAUCAACAUUAAAUGUUCAUUUAAGAAUCCACACUGAUGAGAAGCCUUAUCCUUGCAAAACAUGUGGGAAAGGUUUCAGAACUAGUACAGGUUUGUCACUCCACAUGAGAACCCACACAGGUGAGAGGCCGUACGUUUGCAACACUUGUGGAAAAGGUUUCAGGUGUAGUAGUGACUUGUUGGUCCACAUGAGAACUCACACAGGUGAGAAACCAUAUUCUUGUAAAAUAUGUGGUAGAGCUUUCAGGCGUAAUAGUGUCUUGAAACUUCACAUGAGUAUCCACACAGGUGAGAAGCCAUACCUUUGCAAGACCUGCGGGAAAAGAUUCUGUAGAAUCUCAUUAUUAAAAUGGCACAUGAGAAUCCACACAGGUGUGAAGCCAUAUUCUUGCAAAAUAUGCGGGACAAGUUUUUUAUGCAGUAGUGUCUUGAAAGUCCACAUGAGAACUCACACAGGUGAGAAGCCGUACACCUGCAAUACCUGUGGGAAAAAAUUCAGUCAGGGAUCAUCACUAAAUGUGCAUUUGAAAAUCCACACAGGUGAGAAGCCGUACCCCUGCAAAACCUGUGGGAAAAGUUUUAGUCGGAUAUCAGACUUGAAAAAGCACAUAAGAGUUCACAGAGAUUAACAGUUGUAUAUUUACUGAAAAUAUGGACUUAAAUGGAGAACUGACAGUCUACAUCAAAAGAGCCCACACUGAAGAGAAACCACAUCACUGCAACACUUCAACGUGUCUCCGUCGGGAAGGCAAAUAAGAUCACAUACAGGCAACUAGCCUUGGGUUUGUUAAAUAUGUGGGAGGAUCGAGUUGUAGUGAUAGUGGACAAAACAGACAAGAACCCACAGAAGUGAAGAGACACAUAAUUGCAGUGACACUUUCACACCUACUGGAAGUAGUCCGUUUGUUUUAGGCGAGGGUUGUCGCCUGGGUGGAGCACGCAGGAGGCAGGAUAGAAACGAUCAACACACCCAUUUACGCCACUCUCCGUGAAUUCUCAAGACAAUGACUUGUUCUGUUCACACACUGGCUCAAUCUGACUUCACACAGACUUUAUACUUGGGAGCUGGCAGACAUUAUUCUGGGUCAACUGAUUCAGACAUUCACGUUCACACAUACAGCUUCUCCAGGUAACAUCCAGAAGAGUUCAGAGUUCCAUUGCAUAUGUGAAUACAUUUGCUCAGUCCCUUCAGGAGUGCAAACCCUCGAAUUCCUGCAGUCUGUCUUUGAUGUUGUUCAGUAGGUGUUGUUAUUAAUAAGUCAUGCAUUGAAAAUCUUGUUUCUAAGAUGAAACUUGAAUUAAGUUUCUUUUUUUUAGGAAUAACUUGAUUUUGUUUUUUUACCCUUUUCGAAUUAUGGUGAUCUGCUCUUUAUGAACGCACCUGACCAGUGCCUAGAGAAGUUGGAUACUGUGUGUCAUUGUGCUUUACAUUUUAUUACUGGCUGUUAAAAUCUCAUACAAUACUGUUCUCUGUAUACUAACUCUAAAUGGCCAUCUCUCUCUAUAUAUAUAUGCAGAUUUUCCCAUCAGUUUGCUUUUAUAUAAAAAUCUCUCCUUGGGCUGGUUCUUUCUUAUCUCUGUACAUAAAUGGGGAAAAAACCUAAAUCAAUAUGACCCAUGCUCUCACAGUAUUUUACAGAUGUUGGUCCUCAGAGUUACAACAGAAUCAGGCAAAAAAGCUUUUAUAUAUGCUGCCACCCUCUUCCUGGAAUUAUCUACAGGAAGACCUGAAAUUGUACCUAUUUAUGCAUAACUGGAUUUUUGUCCUUGACCUUGUAUGGCAUAUCAACUUGAUGUUGUGCUCACUCAUUUGUGGUGUGUGAUAGUUGUCUUGGGCUUAGUGUUGUUUGUGGUUAUUUCUGUAGCAAUGUAUAUGCUGCUCUCUUGGCCAGGUCACUCUUGAAAAAGAGAUUUUUAAAAAAAAAAAAUCAAAAGCCACUGUGUUGGAGAUAUAUUUAAUGAUAUAUUUCAACUAUAUUUACAUGUUUUAUAAGUUCUAUACCAUUCCAAAUGGUCCUGGUAUUUUCUACCCUGUUCUAGAACAUUCUAAUUAACGAUAAAUGAAGAACAGCUGAUGCUGCCUUGGUAGAAGUUUUAUUUUUUCAGGCUUUAGAGGUGACACACAAACAAGUUGUAGAAAAUUAACUACAUGGCUUUGUAAAAGGUGCUAUAUAAAUAAACAGACUUGCUUGUGUCAGAGAAAUAUAAUACUUACAGUAUUUCUUCAGAAGUGGUUAUUAAGACAUGUCCCCACGUUUAGGAUCGAAUUAUUACAGUAACUAUUGUGUUUAUUGAGUGUUAUCAGCUUAAGUGGGAGUAAUGCAUAUGGUGAUCAGUGCCUGAAGAAACCCUGGCAAGGAAAUGCUGUUUUUUUUAUCUCAUGUUUUUAUUCUAACAAUAAAGCUUUAUAAGCUGUUAAUUUAAGAAUA